AUGUUCAUUGCACGAUCAGAAUAUGACCGUGGAAUCAACACCUUCUCCCCCGAAGGUCGUUUGUUCCAGGUCGAAUACUCUCUUGAAGCUAUCAAACUAGGCUCCACCGCGAUCGGAGUAGCAACCUCCGAGGGCGUGAUCCUCGGUGUCGAGAAGCGCGUCACAUCUACAUUGCUUGAAGCGUCGUCCGUUGAGAAGAUUGUCGAAAUUGACCAGCACAUCGGCUGUGCCAUGUCCGGUCUCCAGGCCGAUGCCCGCAACCUGGUCGAACACGCCCGCGUCGAGUGCCAAAACCACGCCUUCCACUAUGCUGAGCCUCUGCGGGUCGAGAGCACCACGCAGGCAAUUUGUGAUUUGGCUCUGCGAUUCGGUGAGAGCGGUGAUGAUGAGGAGAGUGUCAUGAGCAGACCGUUCGGUGUUGCGCUGUUAAUCGCUGGUUAUGAUGAGGAUGGGCCCCAACUAUACCACGCUGAACCGUCCGGCACAUUCUACCGGUAUGACGCCAAGGCCAUCGGCUCUGGAAGCGAAGGCGCGCAGGCGGAGUUGCAGAAUGAAUACCAUCGGUCUUUGACUCUAGCGGAGGCCGAGACGUUGGUCCUCAAGACGCUGAAGCAGGUUAUGGAGGAGAAGCUUGAUUCCAAGAAUGUUCAGCUGGCUAGUGUCACCAAGGAGAAGGGUUUCCGUAUCUACAACGAUGAGGAGAUGGGCCACGCUGUGACACAGCUGGGUGGUAACCAAUGAAGGCGAUUAGUGUCGAAGAUAUCUCUUGAAGGGGCUCCUUGGACUUGAUUUGGAGGCUAGUAUCUAUGUCGGGAGCAAUAGAAAAAUAAUGACGAUGCCGUCCAAC